AUGGAUUUAGGGUCGAUGCGGAAGAGUUACCGGAGUGAUGAAGAGGCAUUUGAAGAAAGUCACCUAGCUUCCCUUGAUCCAAUUAUUCAGUUUAAUUCCUGGUUCCAAGAGGUCGCUCAAUGUUCAUGCAUUGCAGAGCCAAAUGCAAUGUGUCUGGCCACAGCCACCAGGGAUGGGAAACCUUCAGCCCGCAUGGUCCUCCUGAAAGGAUUUGGUUCAGAUGUCUUUCGAUUUUCACAAAAACAGAGGAAGUAGGAAAGGAAUAGAGCUGGAAGAAAACCCUGUUGCCUCUCUUCUCUUUUUCUGGGAGCCCUUGAAUCGACAGGUUCGGAUUGAGGGUUCUGUGGAGCAGCUUUCAGAUGAGGAAUCUGAAAGAUAUUUUCACUCUCGUCCCAAAAGUAGCCAGAUUGGAGCAGCUGUGAGCAGACAGAGUCAAGUUAUUCCUGACAGAGAGUAUCUGCGCACAAAGAAUGCUGAGCUAGAGGAGGAGUACAAGGAGAAAGAAGUGCCCAGACCUCCUGAGUGGGGAGGUUACAUUAUUUGCCCAUCUGUCAUGGAAUUUUGGCAGGGACAGACCAAUCGUCUGCAUGAUCGUAUUGUUUUUCGCCGCCAAAACGGAGAAGAGCACAGUCCCUGGACACACAAAGAGGAAGGGGGUUGGGUUUAUGAGCAUCUUGCUCCAUAA